CGUUGAUGUCUAUUGUUUUACCGAAUCAUGGUUAUGUUUUCUUGAUAACCGGGUUACAAGAUUCUCAAGGACAGAAUGUUCCAACUGGGUGGAUUCAUCGCGGCCUGUGUUUUGAUAUAAUUUAUGAAGAAUAAUAAUAUGACUUUGGCCAUUCCCAAGAAAUUGGAAACUAUUGCCAGUCACCAAUUGCAGAAUUGUGAAGAAGACUAUCAAUAUCCUAGAAAUGUGAAUUUAAAUGUAACUCCAAAAACAGUCGUCUCUCCUGAAAGUCCUGAUUAUUCUUUAUACUGUGGUAUUCGUCGUUGGCGUCCCUCUUGCUUGCGUAGUACUGGAAAUAUACAAGCUUUCCUCGCUGCUGCUUGCAUCAUAUCUUGUUUACAGGCUGCUUUUUCCGGCUAUACAAGUUCUCAAGUGACCACCCUUGAAAAACGUUUUGCGAUUGGAAGUAGUAUAAUAGGAGUUAUCAAUUCGUUUUUUGAAGUUGGAUAUAUUUUCUCUGUUAUAUAUGUCAGUUAUGUUGGAAGUCAUGGUCGAGUUCCUCUUUGGAUAUCAAUCGGUCUUUUUGCUAUGUCUAGUGGAGCAUUUUUGUGGUCCCUACCGCAUUUCAUCUUCUUUGAUAAAAAUAGAUCAAGCUCUGUUGCAUUAAGUGAACAACUCUGUGUUUUACCUACCAAUUCAAGUACUUGUACUCAAGGUUGUAAUGACAAGUUAAAUGAGUGUUCAGAAUCCUCAUCGAUGGGUUAUGCCUUUCUCCCUAUCUUUAUUACUGCUCAACUGCUAAUCGGUGCUGGUUCAAGUCCAAUUUUGACGCUGACUCCGCCUUUCAUCGAUGACCAUGUGCCCUCUUCCAAAGCACCUCCUAUGAUUGCUUCACAGUAUGCAGCAGCAGCAAUGGGCCCUGUUGUUGGUUAUGCAUUAGGAGCCUUUUUGUUACAAUAUCCAGCCGAUAUUUUAAGUUCUGACGCAUCUUUCACAAUUGGUCCUCACGAUCCCAACUGGAUCGGUGCAUGGUGGGCAGGAUUUAUUUUAUUGGGUAUUCUUGUUUUCAUCGGUGCUGUUAUUCUAUUAAUGUUUCCACGUAAAUUACAAGAAUUAUCUUGUUGUACAAAUCAGUUGAAAUCGAAUAAAUUAUCAACUAUUGAUGCCACAUUAGAUAAUGGUUGUAUAGUGAAUGAAACAACUCCUAUGAGGCAUCAGAAUAAUCAUGCAAGUACUGUAUUGGACAUUGAACCGAGUAAUGACGAUAGUUCUGAGUAUCAAAGUCCGUGGUCUGAUUUUUCUUCUUCGCGGCGAAGUCAACGUAAAAGUCAUAAUUGUAAUCCUCAUUUUCGAUGUCGAGCUUUCAAUUCAAAUCGGUCUUGGAUUGAUUUCACUGGUGUACUUGGUUCACUUCUUCGAAAUCGAAUUUAUAUUAUGGUCUGUUUAUGCAUUAGUUCAGAGAUGUUUAUUGUUAUCGGAUUUGCAUCAUUUCUACCGAAAUAUUUAGAAAUGGAAUUUCGUAUUAAUAAAUCAACAAGUAGUCUUAUAGCUGGCGGUCUUAUUGUACCCUGUGGUGCAUUCGGUAUUUUAGUCGGUGGCCUUAUACUUAAUAGAUUUCAGUUUCGUCGUAUCGGCGCUAUCCGGUUCGUCCUUGUUGUAAAUUUAAUUAUAUUGGCUUGUAUAUGCUCAUUUUUCAUUUUGGGUUGUAAAAAUCCUUCAAUUGCUGGACUUACAGUACCUUAUCCGGAGAAUCCGUCGUUUGCAUAUGAAAUGUCAUCAGGAUGUAAUGUUGGUUGUUCGUGUGAUAAAAAUGAAUGGUCUCCAGUGUGUCAUACACCUUCGGAUAUCACAUAUAUAUCACCUUGUUAUGCUGGUUGUACACAACGAUUUCUAUCGAACACUUCCCAACAAGAGUUUCACAAUUGUUCUUGUACAUUACAAUCCAGUAAUCGUAAUAAUAUUUCAUACACCACCAGUAGCAGUAUCUGGGGUAUUACAAAACUUGGUGAAUGUGAUCUACAGUGUAAUCGUCUUAUACCAUUUGUUAUUGUAUUAACUUGGUUAUUAUUUUUAACUGGUGUUAUACAAAAUCCUUUAUUAAUGGUUACAAUGCGUUCAGUUGGCCAUAAUGAACGUUCAUUUGCUUUAGGCUUGAAAUUUGUCAUUGUGCGCUUUUUAGCUAAUUUGCCAUCUCCAAUAGUAUUUGGUCGUGUAAUUGAUGGUGCAUGUCGUUUUUGGCGAAGUGAAUGUGGUCGUCAAGGCGAUUGUGCAUUCGUUGAUGUACGAUAUUUAAAUUUAUAUAUGACAGGUCUUGGAAUAAUUGUCAAAGGUUCUGGUCUUCUCCUGUACUUUAUCUUGCUAUACUUUCUUCAUCGUGAUAAACUAAAAAAUAAUCGUGAUGACAUGACAAAUGAACCAAAACCUUUAAAAUGUGAAACACAACCAACAAAACAAUUGCAUGUUAUUCCCAUUGAUAGAUAAUAAUCAAUAAAUCAAUUAGUCAAUUAAUCAAUCUAUCCAAAUCAUGGUUGAAUAUGUGUACAUUUUUUAUUUCACCUUUCAUACUACGAAGAGUACCCCUUAGUCUGCCUUUCGUUUUUUUAUAUAUUAAAAAUGAACAAAUAAACAAACGAAGAAUACUCUUAUUAAUCUUGAAAAAAGACAGACGAGUUUGCAUUUUGUGUAUGUGUGUGUAUGAAUGUGUAUUUCACUCUUCAUUUAUCAACUCACAGAUUGUAUGUAUGUGAUACUGUGAGUGUGUGUGCGUGCGUGUAAAAAUUGUAUUGAUACAAUCUCUCCCCUCUCUUUUUUCUUCUUUUGUUAACUGCUGCUGAUGCCCUUCCCCCCCCCCAUCCUACGAUCUGUUAAAUACUCACACCUUUGCUCUAUUAUCCUAUUGACAUCGAAGAAUAACAAGAAUGCCACUGCCGUCGUUGUUGCCACUAUCAACAGCGACAGUGGUGCACUUCCAAUUUGUUAUGCCAAUUUAGCUAUUUUAUCGUUUUCUUCUGAUAAAAAUUGAGGAGGUGUGUGUGUGUGGGGGACGGAAACAAUUUUCCCAUAUAUUUAUUUAUAUUUCAUUUUUAUAUUGAUGAUACAUUUAUUAUUUUCAGUUUCUUGAAGACACCAGAAAACCUUUCUGCCUUAUUACAUAUACCUACAUCCAUCCACCCACCGACACACACACACGCACGCAUACUAGCUGCAUACAUUACUUUCAUAUUCACAUCGACAAUGUAAUAAAACAUUCAUUAUUCCCUGUAUCAAUCUUUUUUACGUUGACUAAUUUUCUCUCUGUAUUCAACUGCUCAUGUAUCCGUUUUGGUUUUUGAAAGAAAAAAUGAAGAAGGUGAGGAUAAAUAAACCAAAAUGAGGUCAAGUUGUAUUGCACAAUCAUCAUUUAUCCGGCUAAUAGUAGUAUCAUUAUUCUACACAUAUAUGAAAUUAUACUAUUUCGAGUCAGAUUUUUAAAAAUUAACUUAUAUCAAAGAGGUUGCCUGUCUGUCUACACACUUAUUUUUGUUUAAUGUAUAUCUACUAUUUUUAUGUUUGCUUUUGCUUCCUGGCUUGCUUGUCUGUUCGUUUGACGACGAUAACACCGUUGUUCAUUUCUUCCCUACUCACGUGUUACUAAUUUUUCUGACUUCGAUCUUCUUCACGACUUUAUUUGAUGAUUGUGUUCAACUCAUUAAAACUUGAUUGAUGAAUAAUUGGGGGGGGGGGAGGUGGGGGACAUCCCCCUGCUUCUUUUCUUUUUUGUUUCGUUUUGUUUUUUGUCUAUUUAACUCUUCUCAUUUGUCUUUUUGUUUUUGGGGACAACAAAGAGAAGAACCGUCUCUCUCUCUCUCUCUCUGUUCCUCUAUUUAUUGUUCUCCUUCUGCCUUUUUUUCCCUUCUUCUUCUUCAGUUGAACCUGUGUAUGUAUAUUUGCAGACUAUUUUCUUUUUUUAUUUCUGUCUCUCCUCCCUCUCUUUGUGUGUAUAAUACGCUUACACAAAUCUAUGUGUGUGUGUGUGUGCGUAUUUGAGGGUGUACGUGUUUCUGUGCAUGUUUCUGUGUACAUAUAUAUGUAUGUGUGUGCAUACAAAUGUGAAUUUUUAUUUUCAUUACUAUAACCUGAUGCAAAGAGAGUAUUUAAAAAAAUAGAGAGAGAAAGUGUUAUCAAAUUAUGUACAUUUUUUGUUUAGAAAAAAUGAAUCCCCUGUCGUACUCAUCUCCCAUUGUUCGUUUCUGUGUGUGUGUAUGUAUGCCGUGUGUGUCCCGUGUAUAUUCAUUAGGUAUUGAAUAUAAUAAGUAGGGGAUGCGAUG